AAGAGGGAUGCAGGGCGACAGGCCCAGCUGGCAGGAAAGCCCACGCCAGGCGAGCCAGGGUUAAUUACCAGGUAGGCACAGGAGGGAGCGGGCGGCAGCUCACACUCACGGCUUGGAGCCACUCACUCACCUCCUCACUCACCCCAAAGGCAUCCUCCUUGCAGGAGGAACACCCAGCCCCAGCAGAUAAAAGCAGCCCCAAGACGCUCUGCUUCCCUGUCUCCGAGCUCCCCAUCCAGGAUCGUCUCUCUUCUCUGCUGCUCUGGAUGCGCUGGGAGAGGCUGCAGGACCAUGGCUGGGCGAGGGACUGUCCAGCUCCUCUUCUUGUGUCUAACGCCAGCUCUGCUGGAGGCUGUGCGGAUCAAUGCAAAGGGCCAGCAGGUGCUGUACCUGGCCCAGGGGGACUCUGUGAGGCUGGGCUGCCCCUAUAUCCUGGAGCCUGAGGACAAUGGACCCACCAACCUGGACAUCGUAUGGACCAUGGUGAACCCUGACCAGAGGCUGCCGUUCCUGAUCUACCAGGACCAGAGGAUCAGGUACGGCAGUGCCCCAGGCCUGCAGCAGAGGGUGUCAUUUGUGGCCCAGGACCCAAGCCUCUAUGAUGCCUCCAUCCAUCUGGCAAACCUGCAGAUGUCAGACUCGGCCACCUACGAGUGCACGGUGAAGAAAGCCACUGUCGACACCCACCAGGUCACCGUUACUGUGCUCGAGAAGCCGGCCCCCCCUCGGUGCUGGAUGGACGGGGAGCCGGUCAGGGGCGGCGACCUCAUGCUUAGGUGCUGCUCUGACGGGGGCUCCCUUCCCCUCUCCUACCAGUGGUCCAAGAUGGGAGGGGACUAUGCCAUGGGCUGGCUGCCCCCCAGAACAAUGCAGGGGCAAGCCUCUGGGGACCUGAUGAUCCAGAGCCUGUCGCAGGAGCACUCCGGGACCUACGCCUGCCGCGUGACCAACAGGGUGGGCUACAGCCAGUGCAUGGUGCGCGUCUCCAUCCCUCGCGCCGGCUACACAGGUUCAAGGAACGUGGGGCUCAUUGUGGGCUCUGUCCUGGGGGCCAUUUUCCUCCUGAUCCUGCUGCUCUCGAUCCUCUGGGCCCUCCUGUGGUAUUGCAGACGGAGGCAGUGCCAGCCUGUGGUGCCCAUCGAGAUCAGAGACAGUGCCCCUGCUGGCCCAUGCAGAAGUGGUCACCUGCACCCCUACCACGGCAGCGCGCAGCACGUCAGCUACACGCCGUGCCACAAGUAGCGCUCCCAGGGGCGGGGAGGAGAGCACCCCCUGCAAGCAGCGGGACUCCCAGCUACGCUCCAGCUCCAAGCAACCCAGGAAGCAAGAACCUCCCCGCUGUGUGCCCAGCCCCACGGCUCCAUCCACCCUCUGUGCAGAUCCAGGGAGCUCCAACGCUGCUCCUGCCCACGGGAAGCCCAUGAACAAUCCCAGCCGCUUCGGGGGCAUCCCCAAGAUGGCGCCGACGCAGGGCAGGGCUCUUGGGCUGAGCUCCCAGGGCAGUAGCAACAUUCAGGGACCCAGCGCUGACCUUUGUGCCUCUUUCACAGGAUUGCUGAGCCCUUUCCCCAUUUCUGCCUGUGGGGAGUGGGAGAACCCCUCACCCGUGGCAUAGCCACCCCCACGGCUAGGGAGACUCCUUAAUGCACACAAACAAGGCCUAGAGCUGGUAAUACUCCCCCCCCCCCACACACACAGUGGGGUGAGCUGUAUCACGACAUGUCAGGAUGUGUGUCGUGACAUGAUGCACCCGGCACCAGCCACACACAAGUAUGGAAUGUGGUGGGGGAAGGGCAGACAGCACCGAGCAGCCUGGGAAGUGCCCCUCUACAGCUCAACACCUUGUUUCUCUAGGGAGCCCUGGGGUUUGCACAGCCUGUCCGGGUUCCGGCUGGAAUGAGGGACACACCUUAC